AUGGAUGCGAUACGGCAGGCGCUCCGUGUCGCACAGCAAAGCAUCGCGCCAGUAACAGGCACAACUGCGCAAUUUACAAGCCUCGGUACGCUCGAUUCGACCAUCCGCAGCUACGAGCUUGCCCUUGAUACAGUUACGCCACUGACCGCUGCCAGCACGGCGACAGAUCUCCACGCGCAGCUCCAGAGCACGCAUUCCACCAUCUCUGAUACCAACAAGCAGCACUAUAUCGCGCUCAACAAGCUUUCCCGUGCUAUCGAUAAGAGAUUUCCUGUCUCUGCGCAUGAUCUAAUCGACCCUAGUCUCUUUAGCAGCGACACUUGCACGCGUGCUCUGGACAAUGUCGUGCUCGACUACUUGUUACGCGCGGGCUACGCCGACGUAGCCCACGUGUUUGCGGAGGAAACAGGCCUGGGCAUGCCGGAGCAGCAGGCACAUUUGUAUGCGAAACUAGGCGCGUUGUGCCACACGCUUGCGCACGGAACACUGCAGCCAAUGCUGGAAUGGGCGCUCGCACACCGCGAAGCAUUGCGCGUGCGCGAAAGCCCACUCGAGUACCUCCUGUUCCGCCAAACCUUCCUUAACAUUAUGCGCGGCCAAGCGAGUGGCGUGUCUCUAGCGCCUGCUCAAACAAAAUCACGCACCAAUAUCUCUGCCGCCUACCACUACGGCCGCAAACACUUUGUGCCCUAUCUCGGCACGCACCUCAACGAAAUCCAGCGCCUCUUUAUGCUGCUUUUGUACGUGCCUGAAUUUCACAUCGACGCAGCGGGCGCAUCGCUUCAACCGCCGCCGAGCACAGAAGCGCUGCUUUCCUUCGUCCCUCCCCUCUACCGCAGCGCUGUAACAUCGCUGAGCACGAGCUACGAGCAAAUUGCGGAGCAGCUAUAUGCAGAUUACUGCGCCUUGGCCGGCAUACCGCAGCGCGGCCCAUUGCAGGUAAGUGUCGAUGUCGGCGCCAACAUUGCCCUGCGCCGAAUUAUCAAAGCGCGCAGCGUGAUGAAAGACAGCAAGAACGGCUGGAGCCAGGCAGACGAGCUGCCGAUUGAGAUACCCCUCCCUGCCGAGCUGCAAUUUCACAGCACGUUCCUCUGCCCCGUGAGCAAAGAGCCCGGCACGGAAAAUAACCCGCCCAUGAUGUUGCCCUGCGGCCACGUUUUGUGCCGCGACAGCCUCACGCAUGUCGCGCGCGGCGUGCGUGUCAAAUGCCCCUACUGUCCCGUGGAGUCCAAUGCAAAAGACGCGCUCCGCCUCUACUUUUAG